AUGAGCUCUCCAGAGGUGCGGACGCCUCAACGUCACUCGUUUGUCCAUUAUCAUCAGGAGGAUCCGUUUGCGCUCCCCACGCGCAGCGGCGCGCUGCAGUCCAUCAUCAGGAGUCGUUCCAAUUCAAGUCUCUCCAGCAAAUAUCGCGCCCAAGGACACGAUGAAGAAUCCGGCCCUCGGUCCAGCUGGUAUUCUGAGGAGGACGACAUCUCGCGCUUGCUGGCUAACGAGCAGCGCCUCAGCCAGAUCCUCUGCGGCCCACAAGCCAGAAGCAUGAGCCUCAUUGGCAAGAGCAACCCGAGGUAUCGAUGGGAGAGGUACUGGAAAAAAGAAGACGAACUGAAGACAAUGUCGAAGCCAAUACGUCGGUACUACGAGCGGACGAACGAUCUUAUCCAACAGUACCUGUAUAUCGACUGCCUGCUCGACUCCACGAUUCCCCACGAGCUACUCAAUGAAUAUUCCGCCGAGCUGGAAGCUUCGGCUUUCCGUCCCGUGCAUAUCCCAAGCACCAUCAUGGAGGAUGAGCCGCAGAGCUCGGAGAGCAUAGAGAUAGCAUCUGCGCCGUCGCAAACCACGCAGAGCAAGAGCGCAAAUGGUUCGUACGGAGCUACAGACUCCAAUGCGAAAUCGAAUGGUGCCGAAACCCCACAGAGUCUGCCUCAGAAGCGCACGCCGAAGGACAUCUUCCGUUCUUCAGAGGAGAUGCCUCUUCUUGUAGCUCACCACGACUCCGACAAUGAGGAUGAAGAGGAGCCCGGAGCUGCAUCGCCUCUCCUGUCCGAUGGAUCAGGUCCUAAGCCGAGACUGCCAUGGCUCGAAGAUGCCGAGCUCGACAGUGACAGCCCUAUUGUCACACUUGCCAUCUGGGUCAACUUCAUUGCCAAUGGCGUUCUGCUCGCCGGAAAGCUCGCCGUCGUUUUCUCCGUUCCGUCCAUGUCCGUCUUGGCUAGUCUUGUCGAUGCAGCUCUCGACUUCUUGAGCACAGCUAUUGUCUGGGUCACAACAUAUCUCGUUUCCGUUAGCCAGAAGGACCAGCACAACUAUCCCAUCGGUCGACGAAGGCUUGAGCCCGUAGGCGUGCUUGUAUUUUCAGUCAUCAUGAUCACUUGUUUCGUCCAGGUCGGAAUGCAAUGUAUCGAGCGCCUGGCUGACCCUUCUCAUGAAGUCUUGGACCUCGGCAUCCCAGCACUUUCAAUCAUGGUUGGCACAGUCAUCAUCAAGGGCCUUGUUUGGAUUUGGUGCCGCUUGGUCAAGAACUCCAGUGUCCAAGCCCUGGCUGAAGAUUGCAAGACUGAUGUCGUCUUUAACACGGGUUCCAUUCUCUUCCCCAUCAUUGGUUCCAUCGCCCAAAUCUGGUGGCUCGAUGCCGUCGGCGGUCUUCUGCUCUCCGUCUAUGUCGUCCUCCAGUGGUCGCAAACCACUAUUCACCACAUUCGUAACCUGAGUGGUCUCUCUGCCGAGCCAGAUGAGCGUAACCUCCUCUUGUAUCUCACCAUGCGCUUUGCUACCACCAUUCGCCGUAUCCAGAACCUCCGCGCUUACCACGCGGGCGACAAGCUUGUUGUCGAAGUUGACAUCGUCCUCUCGGCUAACAUGCCUCUCAAGGAUAGCCACGAUCUUAGCGAAGUGUUGACAUACUUCCUAGAGUCUGUCCCGAUUGUGGACAGGGCCUUUGUGCACGUGGAUUACCUAACCUACAACGCCCCUACGCACAUGCUCAGGCAGAGCGCCGAGUAA